GUAAACUGCAGUACUUGCGCUUGCACAUCGCUAGUCCACCGCCAAAGGAGCUUUAUAUUCCUUGCUCCCGUCCAAUAAGUGCUCAUAAUACUUGAUACAAGCAUCACGUAAACAAAAAUGCUUGCAGCCUUGUCCCUAAGCGCAAUGCGUAGUGCUGGCCUCCCGCAUUGUGGAGCAGUUGCAACAACAUUAGUACGACAAGCGCUGUCCACAACAGCUGAGCCGGGUGCAGCUGCAACGGUGACGGAGCCGCCCGCCGCAGCACUGGACGCAUCCAGUACCAGCGGCGCACUGUCAGAUGAGGUGCAGGAGUCCCUCGUUGACAAAGCCAUGAAGCAGAUCCAUUACAACACUGAACUCCGCACGGAGGAGCUAACAGUUCUCAGUAUCGGCCUCACUGCGGCAUUGGAGCGGCGGCAGAAGCUGGAGCUGGACAUGCUGCUAGCUGCACGGAGAAAGGACAUGCGCGAGGGACGUGACGGCAAGGAGUAUUCCGGCCUGCUGGUCUCAGAAGCUCUGCAGCGAUCAAUGAGUGAGGCGUAAUGCCUGGUACGGGCACAACUUCAGCAGUGGAGCUAGGCAUGCAGGCACCGGUUGCGUGCGAUAAGACGCGCAGCAGAUGGUAGCCACUGCCGAACGAUGGUAGCCACUGCCGAACGACUUUCGCGGCUGUAGGGUCCUCUUGGCCUGCAAUGGCAAUGGUAAUUGCAAAUGUCAAGGUGCCUGCUGCCCAGGCAGGUAACCUAACAGGAUAGCGCGGGGCACCGGGCUGGCCUGGUGGGUGGCACGUCCAGCGGGCAGUGGAAAGUACGGUACAGUGGUGGGUGGCGCGAGCCUUCUACUAAGGAUGGUAUGUCCGGCGUCGUGGCCUCACUUUGGUUGUUCCGGUGUACAAGGCAGAGGUGCAAUGCUCCCUCAGGUUCAGUAAAUAGAGGAUGACCUGUGUCGAGGUCUGCGCAAAUACUGAACGGUUGACAUAGUUACGGCGGUGCGGCUGCGGCUUAGGAACGCCCUUGUCAGUUCUUGUUGAAGGUAUGGUCACGCGGGGACGUCGUUAGCGUGAUGUGCGAAAAUGGCGAACCCUGCAAUCGUGUGGGCAUGUCAGGGCAUGGUGGCGCCGGCGCUGCUGACCUCAACAGACCAGUUCUUUGGCUUCCUGUUGUCGCGGCGUGUCCGUUGCCAAGGCUGGAAAAGUCUAUUGAUAUGCUGCAUCAACCGCACGGUGCAC